AUUAUUUUUAUUUUUGGCAGUCCAUAAAUUCCAUAGUUGUCAAUCGCGGAGUGAUUACUUAUUUUUAUUCAUGUUUGGUAGUGUGUGAUGAAAAGAGCCGCCGAAAUGGACCAAUUAACGUAUCAGACAGCUGUAAAAAAGGCCCAACUGGUUGAGAGGAAUCCCCAGUUGCAGAUCAACCCCAUGCGUGUAUCCAUGCACCAGGAGGAAGACAUCAUCGAAUUGGCCCAACAAAUCCAGAAUGCUGAUAAACAAUUAAAAAACACAACUUGCCACAAGCUGGGGGUCAUAAUGGAGCAGAUCAAAAUGCUUCAGGCCCAAGCGAUGGAGAUACUUAAGGAGUCCACUCUCAACCGAGAUCUGCACAGUGCGGCUUGUAAUUUCACCAAAAAACCCGGACAAAUCUAUCAUCUUUAUCAAAGGCCAUCGGGUCAAAACUAUUUCAGCAUGCUAUCACCGGAAGAAUGGAAUCUUUCCGUUGACCAAACAUUCAAAGGCAGCUACAGAUUGGAAUACGAUUUGAGCUGGACCCCACUGGAUAAGAUUAAGGAGCAGGAUGAGAAGCUUAAGUGGACGGAGCAGUGCAUGCAAAAGGCACUAGAUGGUGGGCGUGGUUCGGCCAUGGCAAUUGACUUUAAUAUAAACAAUGAUUGAAACAAUAUGUUAAAAAUUAUUUUUAUUAAGAUGUUUUUGUACCCAAACUUCGAUGUUAUUGCUAUUAAAAAUAAAAAAGCACUAGCAUAAAAUGUA